AUGAAGUUCACAAAUAUUGCUCUCUUUGCUGCAGCGGCUGGAUCCGCUGCAGCAGCCCCUGCCAGGAGUCAUGCAAAGCGAGCCUCGCCAUUCAAAUGGUUCGGAGUAAGCGAGUCAGGUGCUGAAUUCGGACAGACCAACCUUCCCGGGGUUUAUGGAACCGACUAUAUCUUCCCCGACACCAAUGCUAUCCAAACCUUGAAGGGGAAGGGAAUGAACAUCUUCCGGGUUCCUUUCCUGAUGGAACGGUUGGUUCCAGACUCCCUGACUGGAUCGUUCGACAGUGCCUAUCUAGGCAACCUGACCUCGGUCGUCAAAUCCAUCACCGAUACAGGAGCCCAUGCCGUACUCGACCCGCACAACUAUGGCAGAUACAACGGCAACAUAAUUUCAAGCACCGACAAUUUCAAAACCUUCUGGCAAAAUGUCGCAGGCGAGUUCGCAUCGAACGACCUAGUCAUCUUCGACACAAACAACGAAUACCACGACAUGGACCAAACCCUAGUCCUGAACCUCAACCAAGCCGCCAUCAACGGCAUCCGCGCAGCAGGAGCAACAAGCCAAUACAUCUUCGUCGAAGGAAACUCCUACACAGGCGCCUGGACCUGGGUGGACGUGAAUGACAACCUGAAGGAUCUAACCGAUCCUCAAGACAAGAUCGUCUAUGAGAUGCACCAGUACCUCGACUCCGAUGGAUCGGGUACUAGCGAGACCUGUGUAUCAACCACCAUUGGAAAGGAGCGCGUGACAGGUGCGACGCAGUGGUUGAAGGAUAACAAAAAGGUUGGAGUCCUGGGUGAAUUCGCUGGUGGUGUCAAUGAUCAAUGCAAGACGGCUGUUACUGGCAUGCUUAGUUAUCUGGGUGAGAACUCGGGUGUUUGGAUGGGUGCUAUGUGGUGGGCUGCUGGGCCUUGGUGGGGUGAUUAUAUGUAUAGUAUGGAGCCUACUAGCGGUGCGGCUUAUACUGGGAUGAUGUCGACUUUGGAGCCUUACUUGCUGUGA